UGAAUGCCUGUGCCAGACCGCCUACGACCUUGAUCAGACCAGAAGCAAACGCCAGGACUCAUGGCGCCCGCAGCACCGCCGCUCGAACGCCCCGAGAAAUCAUGUUGGUAGGCCAAUCCAAUUAGGUUAACGGCUUGUAGCGAGAUAAGUAGCGUUGCAAAUAGCAACGCAAGUCGGUGUACGGCCGCACCGUGUGUUUACAGUUGUGUGGCUGUCAUGGAUCCAUCCGCAGCUUGGUGGACAGUGCCCGAUCCGCUGAGCCUUUAUGUGAAGCUGAGACACAACAACACGUCAGGACUCUUUCAUAUAAGGGGACCCAGUAGAUGAGGCCACUGGAUCCAUCAUCUCAAGCUUUAUUAACUCGCUUCCUCUGCCAGCCUCUCUCUAUUUCUUUUGUUCCUCGGUGUUUUCAACUUAACAAGUACCUCCUUACCUCUCUUCAAUUAUUCACAAUGGCGCCGUUCAACAAAGGUGUUUCCACAUACCACUGCAUUCAGGGUCUUUACUGGAGAGAACCGAAUGGCGAACUUUUGGCUGUCGAAGGGAGCAACUCGAAGUCACUGCCGGAAGCAUGGCCACAACUGAAGGACGAGAUCUGCUCCGCAACUGCAUCAUGGACUCGAGUUCAGCUGCCAUCUGGCAAAGAGAUCAAGAAUCUGCAAAUUACCACCGAUAUCCAAGCACUCUUGAAGAUUAAGUCGAACUUCCCUCCAUCUUAUGAGAAAGAAGAGCUUCACACCCUGGUCGCCGAGAUCAAACAUGACAACGGUCGCAUCCUCGGAAUGGUAACAUCGAAACCAAAAUCCCUUGCUUCAGACAACUUCAGUAUUUGGGCGGAGCGCUUCAUCCUCCUCGAGACUCAGUUCCAGCCUUUCGCCAAUAUCUCGGAUUCUUCGACUCCAUGGGCAGCAAAGAAUCGCGUGAUCUGCAACACGAUUGCUGAGAUCUUUGAGCGCAAGCUCAAGAACCUUUCCAAAGAUGACCAAUGGGAUGUUUGCGGUCGUGAAGGCUUCCUCAACCGGGUGUACGGCUUUGUCGAUAAGAAUCUUCCGAUCCUUCUUGCUUUGCCCGCUUUCCCUUGCAAGUCGCCAAACCCCAACAAGGCCGGUGGUAUCAUGCCCGAUCUUGCAGAGAACAUCGCUUUGGACGUGCUUUACGACUUCAUCAAGGAGGUUAACGCCGUCUACGAGCCUGGCGCUACCAUGUGGAUCAUCAACGAUGGCCAUGUAUUUUCCGACUGCAUUGGUGUUGACGAUGAAAUGAUCGACACAUACGAUGCUUGCAUGGCCGAGAUCUACAAGGAACGCUUCCCUGGCCAGACCGCGCCCGUCCCAGCGAUGGACUUCAAAGGCUUGAAGAACAUCUUCAAUGCUGACUCUGAGGGCUUCCAGACCUUGAAGAAGGUAGCUGGAAACGCGCACAAGAUGCCACACCCAGUCAAGACAAAGAUGACGGGAGAGGCCGAGCUGUGCAGGAGACUCAUGCUGGGAAUUGGCGGUGCCGACCGUGCUUUCAUCCGCUCACUCAUUGAGCUGCAAGAGCCUGAGACUCUGGGAUUGUACCGCGGCCAGACACGCUUCAUGCUCGAGGACCUUGCCGAUGUUCCCUCGGUCAAGUCGCUAAGUGGAAAGCAGAAGAAGAAGACUGCUGCUCUUGUAGCUGAAGAGAUGAUCUCCCGCAACCAAGGCUACUCCAACCUGGUUGAGCUUCUGUUGCCCAACUAUGUUCGUUUGUCGAUCCACGCCCACAACAACAAGGGCCCUAAGUUCGCCAUUCGCCUGCUUCCCAAGCAUAUGGUCCGCCCAAUUGACGAUCUUGAGAACCGACUGGAGCCUGUAGCCGCGUACGAGUUCCAGAUUCCUACUCCUUGGCACAACUGCAUGAUCAAGGUCGAGGGUGAUGAGUUCCUCUAUCUUGCUCGCUCUGCUGUUGCCAAGAAGGCCUUGGCCAGCUCCAACUACACAGGAUCCUGGGUCAACGGUCCUGAUGGUUCGUACUUCAGCUUGAAGCGUGCCGUAGCUCGUGUACCUACUCCCACCAAGCUCAUCAUACCACAAAUGGCAGUCGAGAAGGUCACCAUCUUCGACGAGAAGAAGGGCGCGAUCGUGGUCGUCUCUCCGAUGGCAGAGAAGCAGCGCCCAAUUGUUAUCUGCUCUCCAGUCGUUGGAAGGAAGAAUCCUAUCGUGGUCACAAACCCAACAAAUGGUGGAAGGCCUAUCGUCAUCUGCUCGCCUCAGUCAAGGAGUAGCGCAGCAUCUCUGUGGUCUCCAGUGCUGCAGAAGGUCCGCAACCCCGUCGGCUCUCCCAUCGUUCGCACCAAGACCUCCAUUGCCAUUUGCUCUCCUGUCGCCGAGAAAAACGGCACUACUGUCACUCAAACACCCAUCGAGCCUCGUCCCUUCAAGCGCGUCGACUCUCACUGGGUCCGCCCUGGCGAGCAGACCAGCAGGCUCCGCAUGUUUGUCCAGAAUCACAUUUUGCGAUUUCAGGCCGUCUAGGCAUACCUCUGCCGUUCGCAUUAUCCUUGCAUCUAAUAUGGUCCCAAAAUUGGCUUCUCUACCUCUUGCAAUUAGUUUCAGCAUUGUGUAGGCUGCUUUGAUAGUAGACUUUGACGUUGGCGUUCCUGGGAGUUUUACUUCUCUAUAUACCAUUAGCGCGGAUGACCGUAGCUAGAACUCGCGUGGCGCGACUUUUCGUAAUGCAUCUUAAUUGUUCAAAAGU